CACGAUUGCCACUGCUCCACCCGGGCCUCCGGAGCCUCCUUUCGGACCCCCGGUGCCCACUGUCCACCCUCAUCUGGCGGACUAGCUCGCCUUCCGCUCCGCGGACGCCGCGGGCAUGGACUAUUCGUACGACGAGGACCUGGACGAGCUGUGCCCCGUGUGCGGGGACAAGGUGUCGGGGUACCACUACGGACUGCUCACGUGCGAGAGCUGCAAGGGCUUCUUCAAGCGCACAGUGCAGAACAACAAGCACUACACGUGUACCGAGAGCCAGAGCUGCAAGAUCGACAAGACGCAGCGCAAGCGCUGCCCCUUCUGCCGCUUCCAGAAGUGCCUGACGGUGGGCAUGCGCCUAGAAGCUGUGCGUGCUGACCGCAUGCGGGGAGGCCGGAACAAGUUUGGUCCCAUGUACAAGCGGGACCGGGCCCUGAAGCAGCAGAAGAAGGCACAGAUUCGGGCUAAUGGCUUCAAGCUGGAGACAGGUCCCACGAUGGAGAUCCUGCCGCCACCCCCUCCCCCACCAGACUAUACGUUGCCCCCUGGCUUGCACACACCUGAGCCCAAGGGCCUGCCCCCUGGCCCACCUGCUGGGCCACUGGGUGACUUUGGAGCCCCGGUGUUGCCCAUGACCGUGCCCAGUACCCAUACCCAUGGGCCUCUGGCUGGCUACCUCUACCCUGCCUUCCCUGGCCGCACCAUCAAGUCUGAAUACCCAGAGCCCUACGCCAGCCCCUCGCAGCCUGGGCCACCCUACAGCUACCCCGAGCCCUUCUCCGGGGGGCCUGGCAUGCCUGAGCUCAUCCUGCAGCUGCUACAGCUGGAGCCUGAAGAAGACCAGGUGCGGGCGCGCAUCCUGGGCUGCCUGCAGGAGCCAGCCAAAGGCCGCCCUGAUCAGCCGGCCCUGUUCGGCCUCCUAUGUAGGAUGGCUGACCAGACGUUCAUCUCCAUCGUGGACUGGGCACGCAGGUGCAUGGUCUUCAAGGAACUGGAGGUGGCUGACCAGAUGGCGCUGCUACAGAACUGCUGGAGCGAGCUGCUGGUGUUCGACCAUGUCUACCGCCAGAUCCAACAUGGCAAAGAGGGCAGCAUCCUGCUGGUCACGGGCCAGGAGGUGGAGCUGAGCACGGUGGCAGCCCAGGCAGGCUCCAUGCUGCACAGCCUGGUGCUGCGGGCACAGGAGCUGGUGCUGCAGCUGCAUGCACUGCAGCUGGACCGUCCAGAGUUUGUCUGCCUCAAGUUCCUCAUCCUCUUCAGCCUUGAUGUGAAGUUCCUGAAUAACCACAGCCUGGUGAAGGAUGCUCAGGAAAAGGCCAAUACUGCCCUGCUUGAUUACACGCUGUGCCACUACCCCCACUGCGGGGACAAGUUCCAGCAGCUGCUGCUGUGCCUGGUGGAGGUGCGGUCACUGAGCAUGCAGGCCAAGGAGUACCUGUACCACAAGCACCUGAGCAACGAAAUGCCCCGAAACAAUCUGCUCAUUGAGAUGCUCCAAGCUAAGCAGACUUGAGCCUGGGCCAGGCGGGGCAGGGCUUGGGGCCGUGGGUGGGGCCAGAGCCAGCCCUUUGCCCUCCCAGGUGGUUUAUUUUAUUAUACUAACCCAAGAGUCCCACCCUGUAGGAUCCCUGAGCUCUCUGUGUGUUUGGGCAGGUGGGGGGAGGAUGGGUAAGGCCUAGUGGAGGUGGGGUGGGCCCCCCUUAGCCACUGGCACUUACCUACCACUCAGAGUGCCCCAAGGAGGCAGCUGUCAGCCAUCCCUACCAUCCCCCUGCCGAAGCUGUCUGGCCUGGAGACUAAAGCUCAGGUCUGGAGAGGAGGUUUGGGAUUCCUUGGUGGGCCUUAAUGUCUUUUGGGUCAGAAGUCAUCCCUCCCCCCUCUCCUGAAAGCAGAGGCAAUUAGGGAGAGGCUGGGGGGGGGGCAUCAACUGGGGGCAAAGAGAGGGUCUUAGAACCCCCUUUAGAGCGCAGGAGGGAAGCCCUCUCCCUUGAAAACUAGGGGUAGCUCAGUUUGCUAAAUUGGGCAGGGUUCUGUUUGGACCCCAAGGUUUCUGGGAGACUGGUUAGGACCAAAAGACGCCCCCUCCCUAGCCCUUUCCACUCAAUCUGAUUUCUGUAGGGGAGAACUUUUGACACACCAUUUGAAAAACAUUUGCUAUAAUCAUCUUUCUAUCCUUCUUCUACCUGAGACAUUUGGCACGAUCAGUAUCAUCGCCCCCGUCCCCUCCUCACCACCCACCGGCCAGCCCAGGGUGGUGUUUACCUGCAAGGCUGUAGUCGAGAAGUUUGUUGUUUUGGCUUUCUUUUUUUUUAAAUUUCAAUCUCUUAGACACCCCUUGAAAGGUGUGUGUCGUGGGGGGCAGGACACAGGCUUGAAGACUGAGACUGGGAUAUGUAUGAACUAUGGUUUUUCCCCAGGCAUCUUCAUGCCAAGUACCCCAUGGGUGGUGAGACUCCAGCCUAGUCCAGAGAAGAGCCACAGCCUGGCAUCUCCCUCUGGCCUGGAGGCUCAGAGCCAAAGCCUCUGGGGUGGGAAUGUGGAUGAACUUGGGUAGAGAGGUCUGGAGAUCAGGGAUAGGGCCAGCGAGCUCCUCACUGGCCCCUGUCCCAUUGGUCUGGGCCUCAGCUUGCUGCCUCCUGCCCUCGGCCCUGACCGACACUCUCCAGGGACAAGUACUGGUGCGACCUCAGCUGCUGGGCCAGCACCCACCUGUCCUGCUUCCUGUUGCUUCUGCAGCUUGCGCUGAGCCUGCCCAGCUGGGGAGACUGGGCUUCCCUGACCCUCACCUUCCUCUGCCCUAUCUCAGUCCCUACCCCUGCUCCGAAAACAUGUGCCCCCCACCCAAGGCCAGAGACCCACAUCCCCCAAAGAGAAGUGCCCUUAAGAAUCUCCCCAGCUCCUGCAGCCCUGGAAUAAAUUUUGCAAUUAGUUUCCA